AUGUACUUGUUUCGAUCGGCGAUAAGAUUGAGCAGAGAUGAGGAGAAUUGUUUACCUUUUAACCAGGAGCUCAGGAUUGAGGACUUUAAGGUCCUCACCCUCCUUGGGAAAGGCUCCUUUGCAUGUGUUUACCGGGCCAAAUCUAUAAGGACCGGUCUGGAGGUUGCUAUCAAAACGAUUGACAAAAAAGCAAUGCACAAAGCUGGUAUGGUCCAGCGUGUGACAAACGAGGUGGAGAUUCAAUGCCGAUUGAAACAUCCUUCUAUUCUCGAGCUGUACAACUACUUUGAGGACAGCAACUAUGUGUACCUGGUGUUGGAGAUGUGCCACAACGGAGAGAUGAGUCGGUGCCUAAAAGAGCAGGAAACAGCAUUCUCUGAGGAUGAAGCACGACAUUUCAUGCAUCAAAUAUUGAAAGGAAUGCUGUACUUGCAUACCCACGGCAUAUUGCAUCGAGACCUGACCUUGUCUAACCUUUUGCUGACGAGCAGCAUGAACAUUAAGAUUGCGGACUUUGGGCUGGCCACUCAGCUCAAACUCCCAACUGAAAAGCACUUCACCAUGUGUGGGACGCCCAACUACAUCUCCCCAGAGGUGGCCACUCGCAGCGCUCACGGUCUUGAAUCGGACGUCUGGUCGCUGGGAUGCAUGUUCUACGCAUUCCUGAUGGGUCGCCCUCCGUUUGACACGGACUCAGUGAAGAACACUCUGUCUAAAGUGGUUCUCGGGGAGUAUGAUAUGCCUAGCCAUAUUUCUCUGGAGGCUCAGGACCUGAUCCACCAGUUGCUGCAGAGGGACCCCGCCCAUCGGCCCAGCCUGUCUGCAGUGCUGGACCACCCGUUCAUGACCCAAAGCCUGCUGGUCCGGACCAAGGAUCAGGGGUUGGUGGAUGAUUGUUCCAUGGACAGCGGCAUUGCCACCAUCUCCAUAGCUUGCACCUCCUCCAUUUCAGCCAGCAGCAGCAGCCGCCUCCAGAGGAGAACCAGGAACAUGAUCGGCUCUGCCCUGCCGAACAGAAUGGUGCCCAUUUCAACCUUUUCACGCAAACCCAUCAGCGCCUGUUUUGAGGAUGGAGACCAGUGGCAGCAGCAGCAGCAUCAAGCGGAUAUAUUUCACAGGGAGGGAAGAAGCAGGGGGGUUCAUGGUGGAGACAGCAGGGAGCCUCACUCCCGCUACCUGAGGAGGGCGCACUCCUCAGAACGCUCGGGAUCGGGCCGGGGGCCGGGUCACGCCGAGCUGGGGAGAAGCCACUCAGAGGAGAAUCUGACUGGUUUAGAACUACGAGAGCAUGGGCGGCUCCCCUCUCCCCCCGUGAAACAGUCGACAAAUUCUGGGUAUUUGUUACCCACACAGAAUGCACAUCCAACAAACCUGCAAUUUCAAGACCUGGAUGGAGUUACAAAUUGGCUUAAUAAUGACGGUUCUGGUCAGAGGCCGGCAGACGGCAGCACUCACAGCAGCAGCGGCAGCUUUCAUAGCGGUCGAGGACCUCUGGGGAAUCAUAACUCCUGGACCGACAAGCCCAUGGGCCGAGGUGUGAACCACAACCAGCAACACGUGCAACACAACCUUCACUCCAACUCUGACUCGUUCAGGGAAAAUAUACCAGAGUUCCAGCCUCCUCACAGCAGGGAAGUAAAGCUGCCUUCAGCUAAACCCGGUGUGGAUAAAGAGAAGAAAACGCUGAGAGACAUAAUCCUGCCCCUGUGCGCAUCCAGACUGAAGCCUAUCAGACAGAAGACCAAAAAUGCUGUUGUGAGCAUUCUGGACACAGGUGACGUGUGUAUGGAGUUGUUAAAAAGCCACAGCGGUCAAGAAAGGGUCAAAGAAGUCCUCCGGAUUUCCUGUGACGGUUCCAUGGUGACAAUAUACCAGCCUAAUGGUGGAAAGGGGUUUCCUGUCCUGGACUGUCCUCCUGCUCCACCUGAAGAUAUUCUGAUCUGCAGCUACGAGGACCUUCCAGAAAAAUACUGGAAGAAGUACCAAUACGCCUCUACGUUUGUGCAGCUUGUGAAAUCCAAGACUCCAAAAGUGACCCUUUACACCAAGUACGCAAAAGUCAUGCUGAUGGAGAACGCUCCGAAUGCAGACCUGGAAGUUUGUUUUUAUGAUGGAGCAAAGACCCACAAGACGUCGGAGCUGGUGCGAGUGGUGGAGAAGAGCGGGAAGUCGUACACGGUGAAGGGCGAGGUGGGGCUGAGCGUCCUGAGCCCGGAGAGCAGGAGGUAUGUGGAGCUGUCUGACGAGGGCCAUAGCAUGUGUUUGUCCCUGGAGGCCGCCAUCUCAGCGGAGGAGCAGCGCAGCACCAAGAAAGUCCCUUUCUUCCCCAUCACUAUUGGCAGGAGACCUGCCACCCCUACCAUCCCAGGCUCUUCGUCCCUGCCCUCCCACCCGGUGCCUCCUGAUACUGCUUCACCUCCUCAACCUCCGCAAAUCACUCCUUCAAUGAUCUCGUAUGACGGGUCUGAUUUCACCACAGCCAGCCUGAAUAGGAAAACCUCCCCGCUGCGACAGGACACAGGGAAAGUGGUGAAGUCGAUAUUUGUGCCCAAUGUUGGAUGGGCAUCCCAGCUGACGAGUGGAGAGGUGUGGGUGCAGUUCAACGACGGCUCCCAGCUGGUGGUUCAGGCGGGAGUUUCCUGCAUCACCUACACAUCUCCAGACAGGAGGGUCACCAGGUACAAGGAGAGCGAGAAGUUGCCAGAGCACGUCAAGGAGAAGCUGCACUGUCUCUCCACCAUCCUGGGCCUGCUGACCCUCCACAGCGCAUCAUCUCCAACCUCAUUAACUACUUGUAGUUAUAAAUAACAAAACCUCCCAGCAGCUGGCAGGGAACAAAACAUAGCAUUAGAAAACUUUUGUACUGUCUUGUGUUCUUGUAAAUAUUUGUAUUGUUUUGUUUUUUUACAUGUACAGAAGACUAAGAUUAUGAAAAGAUAUAUUUUAUUUUAAUAACAAACCCUUUUGUCAGUGUUGAAAAAAAGUCCUUAUUUUUGACUGUCUCCAAUUCAAUGAUAUGUGCAAACCAUAAACGCUCAGUCAAUAAACAUCUGGAGGUUUGGUGGAGAAAUGCUGCACUUUGUUUUGCAGUGGUUUUAUUCACUAAGAGAUCUUUGUAGAAAGAAAUUAAAGUAUUUCAAGAUGACCAUUAGAGGUCACCUGAACGGAUUGAGCAGAAUUAAGAGACAGUUUCUCGAGUAGUCUCAUGUAACAGAUAUAAGGUGUCUGCUACAUGAGACUACUAUACAUGAAAGCAAUUAGUGACAAGUACUUGGUGCGGUAAACAAAACUGAAUUAAAAAGUCAGAUAAGGGUUCACAUGUUUAUUUCGCCCUGUUGGUUUGGCCAUUUAAUUACAAAAGGAUUGCGGAUUCCUCUCAAUUACAGAACUGAUACAAAACAUACUGUACGGAUGUUAGCCUAGGCAUAUAUACACGUACUGUACAAGACACCCAAGAAGUAAACAUUCAGGUGGAAACUGGAGCAGGAUGACAACGUCUGGGUUGCAGUAAUGACAGAAGGCAGGAUUAACCAUUUAUUUCCCAUUAAGAAGCACGAUAAGGAACACAACAUAGGACACACAAUAUAGUGGUGUACACAGAUUUCAGCCUGUCCAGCUUUAACAGGGGCGCACCCAUCAAAUGUUUCCCCGUUUUCUAGAGGAGGAACCAUGGGGUUAGAGUUUCUCUGAACCUGCUGCUUUACACGCUGAAUUAUUUUCUUCAUGACACACAAAUUGUGGGAGAUAAAACCAGAAUGCUAACCACUUUGUGGAAAUAUUCUCACAAUGUGAUCUAAAGAAGACCACAUCUCAGAGCAUCAAUGAUUUUCUUUUUGUCCCAGAGAGAUGUUGUUGAGAUGGCUGCACUGACACUUAUUCAAGGACAGUUCCAUCAGAUACAGAAGGAGGACAUGGGACAGCUAGGAGGAGCUCUCUGGGACAAGAGAAGAAGAAGCAGGCUCAGAGGAAUGUGAAAAUCUACAGGUUGGCACUCCUUCCCACUAGAUGCUAGAGGGAGACAACAGCAUCAACCACACGUGUCCCUUUGACACCACCUGUACAACCA